AUGAUGCACCCGUACUUCGCUGCUUUUUAUCUGUUCAUAUUUAUAACAGUAGAAACGAUUUAUGCCAAUGGAAUAUCAUUCAAUGAUGAACCUAUCGUUCACACGAAAUUAGGCAUUAUUCGAGGCGUACAGCAGCAAUUGAAUGGUACAUUUGUAAAUGCCUACCUCGGGAUUCCAUUUGCCCAACCACCUAUCGGUAAUCGAAGAUUUGCAUUGCCCGAAAUGAUUGAACCAUGGCAAGGUGAAUUGGAAGCCCAGAAACCUGCUCGAACGUGUUACAUUACUCCAGACAGUCAGUUCCCGCAAUUUCCUGGAGCCGAAAUGUGGAAUCCACCAAAUGUAUACGAUGAAGAUUGUUUGGCAUUGAAUAUGUGGGUACCAGAGAAACAUGACGGCAAGGUAAUGGUAUGGAUUUUUGGCGGUGGUUUCUAUUCUGGUUCACCAUCUUUGGAUCUUUAUGAUGGACGAAUACUUGCAAGCCGUCAAAAGACAAUCGUCGUUAAUAUUAAUUACAGGCUAGGACCAUUUGGUUUUUUGUAUUUUGGUGCCAGAUCAUCGAUACCUGGUAAUAUGGGCCUAAUGGAUCAACAACUUGCUUUACAAUGGAUUUAUGAAAAUAUUGCUUCAUUUGGUGGUGAUCAAAAUAAGAUAACAUUGUUCGGAGAAAGCGCAGGUGCAGCAUCGGUAACGGCACAUUUUUUUGCACCCGGAAGCUUUCGUUAUUUUCGAAGAGCAGUGCUUAUGAGUGGUACGAUAGCGAAUUCAUGGGCCAUAAAAGAGAAAAAUAUGGCAUUAAAAACAUCAUUGCUUUUGGCAAACAAAUUGAACUGUACUUCCGGACAAGACGACAUUGCUGAUGUUAACUUGAUUGCGCAGUGUAUCCGGCAAAAACCUUCUUCAAAUAUACAGAAGGCAGCGGAUGCUGUUAGCAUGGAUCAGAUCCUACCAAUGACUUUCCCAUUUGUGCCUGUCGAAGAAGAUGAACAUUUUUUCAAGGGUAAUUUAUUAGCAAAAUUGAGAAUGCGCGAUUUUACAAAGAAUAUAAGCGUAUUAAUUGGUUCGAUGAAAGAUGAAGGCACCUAUUGGUUGCCUUAUUAUUUUCUCAAUCCUAAAAUGGGUUUUCAAUUCAAUCAUACGAUAUCUGCUGAUGAUCCUACUAAUCGAGCUUUAAUUAAUAGAGCACAAUAUACCUGUUCAAUCCAAUUGCUUAUACCAUAUUUUGAUGGUUCUCAAUUGGUGAAGCAUGCAUUAUUGAAUGCAUAUGAGGAGAUAUCGGAGAGUAAGAAUCAACAAGAAAGAUUACGUGAUGGCGUUGGACGCUUUGUUGGAGAUUUGUUUUUCACAUGCAGCUUAAUCGAAUUUGCUGACAUUCUAGCAGAUAAUAUUUAUGGUUCCGUAUAUAUGUAUUAUUUUACAAAGAGAUCUUCAGCAAAUCCAUGGCCAAAAUGGAUGGGAGUGAUGCAUGGUUAUGAAAUUGAAUAUGUAUUUGGACAACCUUUUAGGCAUAGCCAUUUAUACGCACAAUCACAGCUUUAUUCUGAGAAACGUUUCUCAGAAACAAUCAUGAAAUAUUGGACUACUUUCGCUGCUGAAGGUGUUCCCAACCCAGAGUGGCCAAAGUACAACAGAGUGACGCGUAAAGCAUUUGUACUUAAUGAUGAAAUAACAGGUAGCAAUCAUAAGAUUGAUGUUGACGUACAUGGCAAAUCUUGUAGUUUGCUUUCAGAAGCCCAAACUUUUACAAAGCACAGACUUGAUCUCGAUGGGAAUCAAGGGGGUGCAGAUUUCUCGUCAGCUGUCGGGAAGUUACAAAGGAGCAAGAUGAGGGUGCAUCGAGCAUCUACGAUGCUACUUGGCUCGUUGGAUGUCAAGGCGAAAACAGCUCAGAUUUUCCAUCAACUUAUGCUUUCCAAGGCUCUGAUUGCUCAAGAGCACAAAGGAUUGUAUUCAAUACUUCCUAUUGGUACCUUCUAA